AACAUCCAGUUACCCUUUCCAACUGUAAUAUCUCAUCUGUCUAAAACCCUUUUUUGAUGAACUUUAGGAUCUGCAUACGAGGACAGCAACAAGCUGUGCCUGCCAGCACUAACCUUUUAAGGCCAUUUUUUCCCCAUAGAUGCAUAAUUUCCCAUUUGAAUCUGAUCUCUCAUAUGGGUCAAUCACACCAAUGGUGAUGAUUUAAGGAGGACAUUUUGCAGCUCUAUUCUAUCCAAUAAAUUAAACAUGUGUAUGGGCCAUAUGUUUAUAAACCCUCAUCACAAUAUUGACAUGAUAGGGAUUUAGGCAUAGUCUAUUUAGCAUUCAUGCAUGUUAAGACUUGCUAAUAUCUGAGACUUAGCUGAGCCUUUCCUCAAUCUGCUGUUAAUUUUAUCACCUCCAGGUAAACACAAAUACAGUCUAUAGCUCCUAAUCGCAUACAUGGAUUCAAUUAUGAAGCCAUCUCCCUCUGAGGCACAUCCUGAGACAAUGGAUUUUCUUUCGAGCACUUGGUGCAACUUUGCUGUUCAAGCUCUCCAACCAGACUUGCAAAACCAGCCGAUUAUUCUCCUAGAUAAUCCAAUCAAGAAACUCGAUUGCGACGUCAUGAAACCUCCUUUCUCGAUGGACAAGAGUGUCAAAAUGGAUGAUGCCUUCAAGUCUCUGCCACCAUGGAAAUCCAAUGAUAUGAAGUCAUGGAUAUGGAUGCAACAAGCAAUGCAUCCUGAACUGAACUACAACAGUUGUUUCCGCAAGAAAUGGUUCCCAUGGAAAAAUAUACUGCCCUUUAAGACCAUUUCAAUAAAGAAAUGGUUGAAAGAGAUAAAGCUGAAGCGAAAAGAAGAAGAGAGGCUACAAAAAGCUGAAGUACAUGCAGCUAUAUCAGUAGCAGGAGUGGCUGCUGCCUUAGCUGCAAUUGCUGCUGAGAACUCUAAGAAAGAUGAAUCCAGCACUGCCAAGGAGGCUGCCAUAGCCUCUGCUGCUGCUUUGGUUGCAGCUAAAUGCGCACAAGUCGCAGAAGCAAUGGGGGCAAAGAGAGAGCAGCUUAGCAGUGCCAUAGGUUCAGCCAUGAGUGGCACAAAUGCAAGUGACAUAGUAACACUCACAGCUGCUGCAACAACUUCAUUGAAAGGAGCUGCUACCCUUAAAGCAAGAACAGGAUGCAAGAACAGACUAAAUGCACCAGUUCUCCCUUUAGAGGAUAACAAUGACAUUGAUUUUGACUUUGAGAAGUGUAGAUCAGUACUUGCCAAUGGAACGGAGCUCCAUGUUGAAACACCUGAUGGAAAUUUCAGGGUGAGAUCUGUGUCUAUCAUUCUUAGCAACAAAGCCAAGGUUAUUCUUAAGUUGAGGAAGCUCAAUAUCCUGAAAGGCAAGAAGGAAAGUAUUGUACUGGACUUGCAUGCUGAGUUGUACAAAGAUUCAGAAGCUGAUCGAGAGACUGGUCAUACAUGUUAUCUUAUCGUGUUAACAACCAAUAUGGGGAUAAUCAAGCUAGAUAUGGGGGAUGAUUAUCAUCGUUACAAGACAUGGGCCACAACCAUUAAUCACAUGCUCAUGCUCUCUACUUCUUAUGCAAACUAUGGGCUUCAAUUCUAUGAACACUGAAGCUGCUAAUCUACUCUGUUGUGCCAGGUCGAUUUGCAUAUUUUGUACUUUUAUUAUGUAAUUAUUAUCAAUUACAUUAUAUUUUUUGUUUAAUACAUAUAAAUAAAAACUGUUUCAGGGAUACCAUAA